UCUUAUCUAUUAAUAAAGGUAAUAUUUUCCUAUAUAUAUUUUUGUGUAAAUAAACUUGCUUCACACAAGUCAUUGGAGGGAUAGCAUACUUGUGAGGAACGAAGUAUCAGCAAGAGUGGCAACCAUGGAAAUUAAAUUAAUUUCUAGAGAAACGAUCACACCAUCUACACCUACUCCUCCUCAUCUCAGAAUUUAUCCCCUUUCUUUCAUAGAUCACAUCAUGUUCCGUAACUAUAUGCCUUCACUUUUCUUUUACCAGCCAAAGGAGGUGGAACAAGAAUGUGACCUAAAAAACAAAAUAUGUGAGCUUAAGAAAUCCUUAUCUAAAGUUCUAUCCCGAUACUACCCUUUGGCAGGUAGGUUUAGAGAUCAGCUUUCUAUCGAAUGCAACGAUCUAGGUGUGUUAUUUCUUGUCACAAGGGUCACAAGCACAAAGUUAUCUUCAAUACUCCAAGACCCCACUGACAUGUUGCUGAACCCUCUGUUCCCUGAUGGAUUCAGGUGGGAUUUUAUGAUGAGCUCAAGUGGAAGUAUAGUUGCGGUUCAAAUAAAUUGUUUUGCAUGCGGAGGAAUAGCAAUCAGUGUGUGCAUGAGUCACAAAGUUGGCGAUGCCGCCACUAUUUUCAACUUUGUGAAUGAUUGGGCCACCAUGAAUCGAGAAAAAGAAGGAGAGUUAUUAUUACCCUCAUCUUUUCUUGAUGGUGGAAUUUCAAUGUUCCCACAAGAAGACUUGCCUGUUUUCCCAGAAAUGAUUUUUGGGAAAUCCAAAAUGGUAGUAUGCAAAAGAUUCGUGUUCCAAGCCUCAAAAAUCGAGUCCCUCAAGGCCAUGGUGUGUUCCCAAGGGGUAGAAAAUCCCACACGCGUUCAAGUUGUCAAUGCUUGGAUUCACAAGUGUGCAGUUUCUGCUCUAGGGAUAGCUAUAAAUGCGACAUCGUUUCGCAUACCUGUCAACCUCCGCAGAAUAGUGAUUCCUCCAUUGCCUAACAAGUGCGUUGGGAACAUGGUUUGGCCGUAUCACGUGUUUAACCCAGUCGUGGACAAGAAGGAAAGAUUACUACCCGAGUUGGUAAGCAAAAUAAAAGAAGAGUUAUGUAAGUUUUGUGACGUGUAUUCAAAAAAAUUUGGAAGGAAUAAUAAGGACUUAUCAUUUAUUUCCGAGUGCCUGAAACAAGCAUCUUCAGCUCCAGAGCCUUGUGGUUCUGAUCAGAAAGAGAAGGAAAUAAUGUUUAUGUAUUCUAGUUUAUGCAGGCUCCCAAUGUAUGAAACGGAUUUUGGGUGGGGCAAACCGAUAUGGGUGACAAUUAUUGGUACUCCUUUGGUGAAUUCUGUAUUUUUAAUAGACACAAGUGAUGGGAAGGGAAUUGAAGCGUAUGUGAAUAUGGACAAGAAAGACAUGGCCAUAUUUGAGCGUAAUGCAGAGAUCCUUCAAUAUGCUUCUUUGAAUCCAAGCCCAUGGCUAGAUUCGAGCGUAACAGAGAGCUCCUUCAAUUAGCGUCUUUGAAUCCAAUUCCUAAAAAAUGAUGAUAUUGUUCUCUCUUCUCAAACUCUCUAAUUUUCAUUGUAAUUUUAUUUCUUGAAUAUUUGAUGCCUGGUAUCUUUAAUAUGAGUCAACCAUGAUCAAUAUAGUCAACCUCAAUUAAUGGGAUAGAGUCAUAAUAAUAAUAUAGUUGUUGUUUUUUAAUUUACUAAGUCCCCCUUUUGAUAUAAUAUUUUCAAGCAUAUUUUUGUGUUAAUUUAUUCCCUUCAUUUCAAUAUUGUU